CCGACGGCAACCCGAACUCCAAUUCUGAUCACGCAAUGAUAGUGUAUUCCCGAAUUCGUCUUGCAUCGGUCGAUCAUUUAGAAAGUUGACAUCAACCCAACGCUAGCGCGAUCGAGAACCCCAUUUAGAAUCAACUGGCAAUAAUGCAAGCAAUGACACUCCUUGACGUCACAUCUACGCCAGACUUGGCAAUCAUAUCUGAUAAAUACAUCACCUCGCCCUGGCUCUAUACACAUUCUUGAACUAUCUGAAAGUAUUGCAAUAUUGAACCACUCAAUUGACACCAAUAUACUCUCGAACAACCUACAACACAAUUAUUACCACCAUCAUGUCGAGCACCAUCAACACCUCCGCCGGCAACAAGCCCCUCGACCCCUACACAGCCAAGUCCCACGAGGACCCUCCCCUCCCCCAAAAGGUCGAGGACCUCGUCACUUUCAUCUCCGAAUCGAAAUUCGGCAUGCUCACCACCAAGUCCUCCGACGAUGAGCUCCUCACCUCCCGCUGCAUGGCGCUGGCCGGAAAGGAACACGGCGGCAUCGACCUGAUCUUCCACACCAAUCUCUUCUCCCACAAGACCAUGGACCUGACCGCCCACCCCAAGGAGGUCAACAUGUCCUUCCUCGACCAGCUCAGCGGCUCGUGGGCCUCCAUUUCCGGCACCGCCUCCAUCAUCUCCGACCGUGAGACUGUCAAGAAGUACUACUCGCCCGCACUGCAGGCCUGGCUGGGUGACCUCGGUGACGGCGUGCAUGACGGCGGUUCCGAGGAUCCCCGCAUCGGCGUCAUCAAGCUCGAGGCGGUGACGGCACACUAUGCGCUGGCUAGCAAGGGGAUGCUCUCUCGCGCUGUCGAGACCGUUAAGAGUGUGGCGACCGGUAACGUCCCGGCUAUCAACAGUAUCCGGGAGUUGACGAGGGAAGAGCUUGCGGAGUGGCGUCGUACGCACGCAAACGAGUAGAGUUAACAGUUUGCACUUGUUCCUCGCUCCGCUACGCCACCCCAGAAGUGGGCGGCCGGCGUGGACUAUGAUUUCAUGACCUGAUGACAUAUGUGCUCGAUAGCAUGUCACUAGUAUUAUAUUUGUAUUAAUUUGCAAACCAAAGACUUUCUAAAAAUGCAAUCCCAGAUAUCGUCCGUCAAGCAAA